AUGACAGGAAACACCAUGUUGUAUGUCAAAGCACAUUCUGUCAAGAUGAAGUAUACAUUACUGUUUCUGUUAUUGGUGACCGUCGUAGCAUUUAGCUACGAACAAGAGGAGCCUAAAAAUCCUCCCGAUGCAGAGUUCUACAAGAAUCUCCAACCUUUAAAACGUUUUGUAAGACAAAUGCCUCCACCGCCCGAGAUGCCGCCACCUCCUCAGAUGCCGAAAUUUGAGCACUCGGUCUCAGACUCUUACUUUGAAAAUCGACAAAAAAGAGAGGCGAAAGGAGUAGGCGGUGCUUUACCAACAAGAAAAGGUUAAUUUUAUACCACGACCCCGUCUCUAAAUGUCAACAUUCAAAAUAUUAGUACAAUGGAAUAACGAUCAAAACUUUAGUUAAGAAUAAAAAUAUUAAUUUUUGCUCAUAAAA